GGACCCUCUUCCUCGGAACACCACCAAUCUCGCACUUCCUAAUCCUAAGCAAGAGAAACAUCAGAGCAGAGCAAAAACCCAGCCAUGAAGGGGACGGCACCAUGGCGCAGGUUCUCCGAGGCCGAGGCCGCCGUGAACCGCUCCGUCGCGGCAAGCACCGUCGGCAAGUACUUCAAGCUUGAAGCGCGCAAGAGCUCCUUCACCAAGGAGCUGCGCGCCGGCGCCGCCACCUUCCUCACCAUGGCCUACAUCAUCUCCGUCAACGCCGCCAUCCUCACGGACUCCGGCGGGCCGUGCACCGUGCUCGACUGCACCCCGGUGGGUAACUCCACCGCCGUUCCUGGGCCGGAGUGCAUGCUGGGGACUUCCAACCCGGGGUACGAGCAGUGCCUGGCGCGCACCAAGAGCGACCUGAUCGUCGCGACGGCUGUGGCCGCCAUGGUCGGCUCCUUCUUCAUGGGCACUCUCGCCAACCUCCCGCUCGCGCUGGCCCCCGGGAUGGGCGCCAACGCCUACUUCACCUACAACAUGGUGGGCUUCCACGGCUCGGGCUCCAUCCCCUACCGCACGGCGCUCGCCGGCGUCAUGCUGGAGGGCAUCGUCUUCUUCCUCCUGUCGGCCGUCGGGCUCCGGUCCAGGCUCGCGCGGAUGAUACCGCGAAACAUCCGCCUCGCCUCCGCCGUCGGGAUCGGCCUGUUCCUGGCCUUCACCGGUCUCCAGGCGAACCAGGGCCUUGGCAUGGUGGGCGCGAGCCCGUCCACGCUGGUCACGCUCACCGCCUGCUCCCAAACCGACCCCGUCACCGGCGCCUGCCUCGGCGGCACCUUGCACAGCCCCACGUUCUGGCUGGGCGUCGCCGGCUUCCUCAUCACCGCCACGUGCCUCGCCAGGGACGUCAAGGGCGCCAUGAUAUACGGCAUAGUCUUCGUCACGGCCGUGUCCUGGAUCAGAGGCACAACCGUCACGGUGUUCCCGGACACGCCGGCCGGCAAUGCCGGCUUCUCCUACUUCAGGAAGGUGGUGGACUUCCACACGAUCAAGAGCACGGCCGGGCAGCUCAGCUUCGGCGGCUUCCGCCACGGCAGCGUGUGGGUGGCCAUGCUCACGCUGCUCUACGUCGACGUCCUCGACACCACCAGCACAAUGUACUCCAUGGCCGAGUACGCCGGGUUCACCGACGGGGCCGGCGGGUUCGAGGGCGAGUACCGGGCCUUCCUCGUCGACGCCGGCUCCACGGUCCUCAGCGCCGGGCUCGGGAGCACCACGGUGACCACCUACAUCGAGUCCACGGCGGGGAUCAGGGAGGGCGGCAGGACGGGGGUGACCGCGAUCACCGUCUCUGCCUUCUUCCUGGCGUCGCUCUUCUUCUCGCCGCUGCUGAUGAGCGUGCCGCCGUGGGCCGUCGGGCCGUCGCUGGUGCUGGUGGGCGCCAUGAUGAUGCGCGUCGCCAAGGAGAUCGAGUGGGGCGACAUGAAGGAGGCCAUCCCGGCCUUCGUCACCAUGGCGCUCAUGCCGCUCACCUUCUCCAUCGCCAACGGCAUCAUCGCCGGGCUGGCCGUCUACGUCGCGCUGCACUGGUACGACUGGGCCAGCCUGGCCUGCGGCAAGGUGGGGAAGGCGCUCGACGACCGCCGCAACCAGGUCGCCGCUGCCACGCCGGAGGUCGGCCCCGCCCCCGCGCAGGACGUCGUGUGACCGUGUCCGUGUCCCUGUGAGGAUAGACUUCCUCGUAGCUAGUUGAUGAUGAUUAGUUUGGACACAGAGCAUCAUGGUGACAUGGGAUUAGGACUACUGGUAGUAGGAACUGUAGUUGUGCUUGGAAAAGGCAGUGGGAACGGUCUCGUUCGAGAUUCUUGAUGUGCAAGGAGGUGUUUGUACUUUGACGGCCAUGAUGGCAAUGCCCACAUUGAUUUCGCUAGCUAGCACGUUUAUUUUCUCA